AUGAUGCAUUAUGGGAUUGAAUGAGCGCACUCAAUAAUGUCCACUAUGAAUUCGGACACCACUAAAAAUGGAUGUCCCCUCAAAUAGUGCAAUUAUAUUAUUAAUGUGGUAUAGGGGGCUAUUUCGGACACAGUCCUGUUGUCUCAUUAUCCCAAUACCCUGAUAUACCGUGGGUAUUCCAUACCAGAGUGCCACGGACAAAUAUAUAACUACAACAAAAAUGACUUCUACAUUGAGGCCAGAAACAUUAAGGUUGUUAUAGGGAGGUGUAGGUAGAUGUCUCUUUUCUUUUCUUUUGAGAUAUUACUAGCAUCUCCCUUGAAAUCGUCGCCUCAUACACCACCCUAGUCACUAGGUGGCGGAAUAUGCACUUUAAGCUGGUUUGGCAACCGCCGAAGAAGAAUAGAAGAAGAAGAAGAAGAGUAGCGGUAUUGCGUUACAACACUGGCAAAAUGGUUCAACCGGGAGAUAAGAAACUUCAUGUAACCACUUGGAUGGAGGGAAGUUUGCCUGGACCCAUUGCACUUGGUGAAAAUAAAUACAAAUGCAGGUUCUGUAAAAGGACUGGAGGGUACCCUGCUCUGGUUGCACAUGUACAGACCCACGAGAAAACUGUUGUUAAGCAUAAAGGAUAUAAAAUGUAUAAAUGUCACCUGAAGUGUAGAGAAAAUGGACACUAUCACUGCUGCUAUUGUUGUCGCAUUUUAUCUCGAAAAGACAUACUUAUUACCCAUCUGCAGAAGUGUGCAUCAGCUCCCGUCUACAUUCCAUCUACACGGCUGUCCAGAGUAUGUUCAGGAACCCGCGCUGUAAAACCAGCUGACUUUCCAUCAUCCCACAGCAUCUCAGCGGCAUCAACCAAGUGUGAUCCUAUUCCUGUAACAUCUUCUACAAGUGAUCCUAAACUUUUAACCAAACCAGGUCUGCCUCCAGCUUCGACCCCUCCAGUCCAAAGCACCUCUGAAUAUGCCGGCACUCCUUCAACACCAAGCCCCUCCAGAACCCUGAAGACUGAUGUAUUACAUCCCACCGUUUUAAUGUCCUCAGAUAUUCAAAAUGUUGUGUCUGCCAAGCCAAAUGAAACCUCCACUAGUAGCAAAAUAUUGAAGAAGCCCAAGCGAACAACAUGCACCUUUUGCAACAAGGUUUUAAACAAGAAAAACCUUAAAAUCCACAUUCAAAGACGUCAUUCAUUGUCUACAGAAGAAAACAAUAUAAAUCACCAGCUUACGAGCUUGUGCACAUCAAAACGAGAUGAGGUUUGCUUGGCAGAGGAGGCCAGCAAGAAAUAUGGAAAAACUGAACCCACUAUAUUUUCCAAAAUAAUUGAUAAAACUAUUCCUGCAGACAUCAUUUAUGAAGACGACAAGUGUCUAGCAUUCGGAGAUACAAGUCCACAGGCUCCUGUGCACUUUCUGGUUAUUCCAAGAAUUCAUAUUCCAGGAAUUAGUGAGGCACACGAAGAGGAUGCACCGCUCCUCGGUCAUCUCUUGAUGGUGGCCAAAAACGUUGCAAAGAAAGAAGGACUAGGUGAAGGAUACAGAGUUGUGAUUAAUGAUGGCAAAAAUGGGGCACAGUCUGUGUACCACCUUCACAUCCAUGUCCUGGGAGGACGGCAAAUGAGAUGGCCACCAGGAUAGAUGACCCUUCUCUCAAUAAAAAAAGUAAUGCUAUACAUUUUUGGAGGAGUGGAAUGAAACCGAAUAACAAAAUGGAAACAGAAGACUGUCAAGUUAUGUUUAAAAAUAAAAAUGAAUAGAUGCUGUAAAAAUGAUUGUUUUCUAAAUUAAAACUUAUAUUACUGAAGUUUGCGGUCUCGAGUUGAUGUCAGUUUCAGUUUGCUUUUGGCUAACCUUUUGUUAGUUGGGUUUGGUUAAUCGGUUUCUUUACUAUCAUCACCAGGUCAUAAAAAUGUCCCAGUCAGAUGUGUACAGUGAGAGCAUUACCGACUGGGUUUGUUUAGUUUGUAAUACAGGAAGAUAAUAAUCCUACUACUAGAAUAGUGAAAGAAACAACACUGUAUUUCAUAUUUUUCCAGCUAUAUCAACACUUGUGAGUACCUGUAUACCAAUAAAAGUUGAUCAGUCGUGUUCAGCCAGAAUUGUAAAAUAUGUGAUAUUCAUUUUGUUUCAUGUAGAGACAUGUUAUGGAUUUAUAAUUGCUGAAGGAUUGAAAAAGGUUCACAAUGCCUUUGUCAAUGAUGAUUUUUGUUAUCUUAUCACGUCUGAUGCUUUAUAAUCAUAACCUCUUUUCAUCAUGUUUGUUAUGCUGUUAGUGUAUCUGCUUUGUAGCUUUAUGUCUCGUAUUCUUUCACGAAAGAAAAUCUGCCGAUGAGCAAACAUUCUGUUUGUGAAAGCAUUUCAAAUGCAACUAAAUGCAAAUGAAGGGAAAUAUUUAUAUGAUAUGCACAAAUGUGUCUUUGUAUCUUCUUUAAUUCAUGUUAUUCCAAACCUGUAUGACUUUCUUCCUUCUGUAAAAACACAAACGAUGAUAUUUGAGAGAAUGUUGGUGACCAAACAACAUUGGACCCCAUUGACUUCCACUGUAUGGAAACAAAACCACUGACACAUUUCUCAAAAUACCUUCUAUUGUGUUCCAUUGAAGACAAGUCAUAUACAGGUUUUGAAUGACGUGAGGGUGAAUAAACAAUGGCAUAAUUUUUAUUUUCAGUAAAUUAUCACUUAAGCAAUUUUAACUUUUUUAUUUUAUAAGAGACAGCAAGUCAUCACUGUAGUAAAGUAUAACAAGUUGAAAUUAGUCAAUUUUGGGCCAACUAAAAGUAACACUUUGGGGACAGAAAUUGAGUGAACGUAAAAUUUCUGUGGAACUAGUUACUAAAUAAUAAUUAGUUGAAACAACUUGAAAAUUUUUACAGUGAGUGUUUGCUUAGGUUUAGAUGAUAAAAUAGUUUACAAUCAUCAUGUCU